GGGGCUCGACGGAUCCAUAUUCUCGUCGAAGCAAAUCGCCGGUGGCCCGUCACCAGAACCGAGUGACGACCGUAGAAGAAGCCAUUAAAGACGCGAAAUUUCGAACCCUAACGAUUUGCUUUUUUGCACUCUGUCCUUCCUUAUUUCAGAAGAUAGAAUGCUAGCCACCGGCCCUUUUGGCCUAUCGGCGGCUGCGACGCUCGACGUUUGAGCUCGAAUUUGACGAAACCGCAAUCGCGAUCACGAAAUUCGGAGCGUUUCGCGUCAUCUGGAGGGGUCAAUUGAGGUUCCGGCUGAUGUAAGUUCAGUUCUAGUGGAUCUAUUUUGCUCUGUAAUCGCGUCGUCUGUCCAUUACGAGCUGAAUUCAGCAUGGCAAGUUUGACUCAAUAUGCUCUGUUAUUUAGUUCGAGUGCUGUACUGUGUGUACGUGUGGGACAGGGGGGCGUUUAAAUUAGAGCUUCGGUGCCCACAAAAGGCCCAUGGGGUUGCCGCCGAUCCCGAUCCCGAUUGGAAUCUCGAGAGUCUCUUACCGGAGCUCGAUGCCUUGGAAAAGAAGCUUAAUGCUUCUUCGGUUAUUCCUGUGCCUUUUACCAAGAACCAGUCACGGAAGAUGGUGAAGGGCAGACCGAGUACAUUUAUAAUGCGGGUAUCUGAUGACGAGAUAGAUGAUCUGGAUGACAGUGAUGAGGAGGCGACUAGUGCUCGUUUAGUGACCAGGAAAAAAUUCAAUUUCAAUAAUUUAUACACGAGUGAUGAGAGUGAUGAUGAGUCAGCUCUGGAAGUGCAACCAUACUUGAUGGAUGAAGGGAACUCAGAGGAAGCUGCUUUAUUUGAGCUCAUACAUGAAUAUCAGCUUGAAGUCAAGGAUGAGAUUAGGAACCAAAUCUCAGCACUAGAGACAGAUUUGAUUAAUGGAAGUGAAAAGUCGACAUUGGCGCUUGUGCGAGUUGAAAAAUACAGAGAUGCAAGACGAGAUAUGGACAAGAAAAUCGAUACUCAAUAUCAACGCAAACUUGCAGAAGCCCUUGAUAAUCACUUGACAGCUAUCCAACGGGAUCAUGAAUUGAAAUCACAGAUUGAAGAAAAGAAAAUCAAAAGUGAUGCAGCUUAUGAAGAGGCUAGAAGAAAGGAAAAGGCACUUUAUGAAGAAAAGCUUCGCCAAGAGAAAGCCAUAUUAGAAGCAGAGGCCAAGUUAAGAGAGGAGGCAGAAAGAGCUGCUACUUUGGAGGCUGAGAGGAGAGCAAAAGAAGCUGCAGAUAAAUUGGCUGCUGAAGCCUCAGAGAGAGUGGCUCGUGCAGUGGCCCAACAGGAAGCAGUAGGACUACGUACUGAUGGAAGUCUGGCAAAUUCGAGUUCUCUGUCUGAGAAAAUCCAGUCAAAUCAAACAAAGAAGUCAGAAUCAGCUACCAAUAUAAUGAUAGGUGAUGUGGUGAAGGCUGCAAAAAGUGCCCUCAUUGUAGAGCAGGGAAGACUACAGAAGUUCAAAGAGAUUGAUGAGCAGAACCGGGAAAUACAAAUAAACUUGAAUAAGGAUUUCAGCAGCAAUGAGAGGCAUGUAGCUAGGUUGAUCAGACAGAUACGGGGGACAAAGGACAAUGUCAGAUCCAAAGCAAGUGAACUAUUAAAGAUAUUCAAUAAUCCUGCUUGCCCUCAGUCCAUUAGCAUUGCAGCAUUUGCGAGAAAGGUUGUUUCCCAUUGUGAAAGCCCUGAUAAUGCUGCAUUCGCAUGUGCCCAUGUCAUUGUGAUGGUUACAUCAAAGAUGCCUCACGUAAUGGAUGUUCUUCUUGCGGAGUUCCACAUGGCUUGCAUAUUUACAGUCCCAAAGUAUAUAAUCUACUCAAAGACUGCAUUUGAAUCAAAAGAGGCAUACUACAAAGCUCUUGGAUUCCGAGAAGACAAUGGGAAACUAGAAAAUGUUAAAGAUUACUUGAAACGGCUGGAAUCUUACAUGAGACUCUAUGGAGCGCUUGUGCAGACUGAACCUAUGAAUUUUCAAAAUGCUCAUGGCCUCAAAGAAGGAUGGGCAUGGCUUGCUCGAUUCUUAAACACAUUUCCUGCCAAUGUCUACACAGCUGUUGCCUUGAAUGCCUUCUUGCAGAUGGCGGGCUUUGCCCUUUUUAGAAGAUACCGUCGUCAGUUCAAGAAGAUGCUGAAUGUUAUCUCUGAAGACUAUUUGGGUGCAUUAAAAGCACGCAGGCACUCUGAGUUGACGCCAAUUAUUGCGGAAAUUCAGUCAUACAUAGAAGACGACAAGUUCCUUAAGGAACCAGAAGGAAGGGCCCUGCAGGAUUCUUUGCUCUCCAGUGUUAUGGUGCCCGAGUCUAGUUAUGCAUCUACCCAAUCAAAUGGAUACUACCACUGACAACUUAGGAGAAAUCACAACAAUAUGAUCUGCGAAAUUACGGCAGCAAACAAUUUUUAUUCACGAGCUUCAAGUCAAUUGACUUUACUGCCUCACACUCACGGGAGAUCCUAAUUGAGAAUUGUAUAUUGUUGAGGACUACUCAGGGUUCCUGUCCGGAUUAAUAUUCCGUUGUAUCAUCCUGGUUGGAUGAGGUUGAAUUAGUAUAUUUGGUCACCGUUUGACUGCUCUUUGCAUCA